AUGGAGUAUUUCAACUUGUUCAUUGUUCUCUUCCUUCUACUUCCUUUUUUGGCUAAAUCUACUGAUGAGGAGAAAAAGGUACACAUUGUCCUUCUGGGUGAUGAUGAUAAGAGUAGAACAGCCGAAGAAAUCGAAGAUCAACACCAUUCGUAUUUGUUAUCCGUGAAAGAAAACGAGGAAGAUGCAAAAUCUUCUAUUCUUUAUAGUUACAAGAAUAUCGGUGGGUUUGCCGCGCUUCUUACGCCGCAUGAAGCUCUUAAACUUUCCGAGAUGGAGGGCGUGGUGUCCGUGUUUCGGAGCCAUGGACAAAAAUACACUAUACAUACGACGAGAUCAUGGGAGUUUUCCAGUUUACACAUGCCGAUGGAUGCCAACGACAAGGACAACUUAUGGUUGAAAUCCAAAUACGGCAAUGAUGUCAUUAUUGGGAUGCUAGACACAGGCAUAUGGCCAGAGUCACAGAGCUUCAGUGAUGAUGGGAUGGAAGCUGUACCAAAAUCCUGGAAAGGAGUUUGUCAACAUGGGGAUACUUUCAACUCUUCAACUUGUAACAGGAAGAUCGUCGGUGCCCGGUACUACCUGAAGGGCUUCGAAGCAGAAUACGGCCCGUUGAAUCGAACGUUUGAUUCCCGUUCGGCCCGCGACAUGUUAGCGCACGGGACUUUGACAUCAUCCAUAGCCGCUGGGCGUCGGGUCGACAACGUCUCGUCACCCUACGGGUUCGCCCGGGGAACUGCCACUGGCGGUGCCCCGCUCGCCCGACUCGCCAUCUACAAGGUGAUAUGGUUGAUCGGCGAAUACGACACAGUACUCGUGCCGGCGGAUAGCCUCGCCGCCGUCGACGAUGCUAUCAGCGAUGGGGUCCACAUCCUGAGCAUGUCGUACGGAUCCGAUGCCUUCAUGCCGCUAAAUCAGGACCUCGUCUCAGCCGUCACCCUCCAUGCCGCCAAGGCGAACAUUGUCAUAGCGGCCAGCGCGGGGGAUGAUGGCCCCGAUCCGGCCACCGUGGUUAAUUUGGCCCCGUGGCUGAUCACUGUGGGAUCGAGCAUCAUAGACCGAAAGUUUACGUCGAAUAUUGUGCUCGGAACCGGGUUGACUAUUCCGGGCGAGUCAAUGAGUAAAUAUAAAUUAGAAAACAAGUUUUACCGUUUAGUUUCGGCAGAUCAAGUAAUCAACUCUGGCGUGCCGAAAAACGAAUCCAGGCUAUGUUUAGAAGGUUCCCUUUCUCCCCCAAAAGUUAAGGGAAAAAUCGUAUUGUGUUCCACAGACACCGAAUACGACUCUGAUAGAGCCAUUGAGGUGAAAAGAGCCGGAGGAAUUGGUGUCAUCCUAGGAAAUUGUGAAGCCGAUGGGAACCCUUUUUUUUUACCGGGCUACGCCUCUGUUAUUCCGAUCACAACAGUGGGUUACACCAAUGCCCUCAAUAUCAGGAAAUACAUCAAGACCGCGAAAAAACCAACGGCCAAAAUCGCGUCAGCUAAGACAAUUUUAGGCACCAAACCAGCGCCUAUAGCGAAUACUUUCUCCAGCAGAGGUCCCAAUGCAGCCACACCCUAUAUUCUCAAGCCAGACAUCACGGCUCCAGGGGAUGAUAUAUUAGCAGCAUGGUCAGAAGCAUCUCGUAAGUAUGGUGAUGUCAAAUAUGGCUUUAGGUCGAGCACUUCAAUGGCUUGCCCACAUGUAGCCGGCGCAAUGGCACUUCUCAAGGCCGUGCACCCGGAUUGGAGCAGUGCUGCCGUACGAUCUGCCCUCAUGACAACCGCGGGACAACUAAACAACGAGGGCAACCCCAUCACUACUAAUUACAACGACACGGCCACCCCAUUCAUGAUCGGGUCGGGUUAUUUCAACCCGACAAAGGCAGUCGACCCAGGACUCGUCUACAAUGCUUCAUACAACGACUAUCUUCUCUUCCUAUGCAGCAUUGGGAUUCACAAUAUUAGUUCUACAAAGUGCCCGGAUAACCCACCACCUCCUUAUAAUCUGAACUACCCAUCGCUGGCCAUACCUGACCUAAAAGGCACGGUUACCGUCGUUAGGACAGUCACGAAUGUUGGGGGUGGUAAGGGAGUCUAUUUGUCCAAAGUCCAAUCUCCACAGGGUAUUUUGGUACAAAUACAACCGCGCGUGCUCAACUUUGUCCGUGCCGGUGAGAAGAAAAGUUUCACCAUCACCGUAAAAACGGACAGUGCAUUUUCGGGGAUUGUUGGGAAAGGUGAAUAUUUGUUCGGAUGGUACUCGUGGUCUGAUGGAAUUCAUGUUGUCCGAAGUCCUAUGGCUAUUUCAGUUCUCUAG